CACCUUCGUACAUUUGGCAACUCGAUGGAGAUUGACGCGCGGUGACGUUUCUGCAGCGUCUGCUGCACACACCUGUUUAUAUUUCGAAUAAGACUCAUUGUACAACUCUCUGACGUACAAUGGCUCUCCGCUAUGCCCAACGCCCCGGACUUCAAUGUACCAGAUAUUUUGGAUCAUCGAGUCGAUCAUGGCCUAUACAACCUUCCCUCCCCGCGCGACGAUUCCUGGCUUCACAAUCUACCAAAGGUCCUGGAACAUCGAAGCUCGCGUCCAACGAAGCAGCCUCUCCUUCACCUUCGUCUGAGUCUUCCAACUCGUCUGGAACAUUGAAACCCAGUCCUACAACGGUUGCGCCAAGCGAUUGGGAGGACAACCUAAACUAUGCUAUAUCUCAGUUUUCUGAAUUGCCGCAUUCGAACUUUGGGGUGAACCAGCAUAUAGUGAUCAAUGAUGAAUUCAAGGAGGCAUUACGGCAGAUUCUAUGGCAAUUCAGAGCGCCUAUAAGAUAUGCUUUUGCAUACGGGUCUGGGGUGUUCCCACAAUCCAAGCCGAACGCUGUAGCGCCGUCAAGUGCUACUUCAAUACACUCGAAGCCCGCAGCUGCCGUUGUCAAAGCACAAGCCGGCAAUCCGAAGAUGAUCGACUUUAUAUUUGGCGUCUCCUAUACCCAGCAUUGGCAUUCUCUCAAUCUCACACAACAUCGAGAUCAUUAUUCCGCCCUCGGAUCACUCGGAUCUGGUGCAACAUCAUGGGUUCAAGACAAAUUGGGAGCUGGGGUCUACUUCAAUCCCUAUGUGACGGUCAAUGGAACGCUCAUCAAAUAUGGCGUCGUGAACUUGGAUACACUCUGCACGGACCUCUCCGAAUGGACGACACUAUACCUAGCUGGACGACUCCACAAACCAGUCAAAAUCCUUCGAGAUGAUCCGCGAGUACGACUAGCAAACCAAGUUAAUCUUUUAUCAGCCCUACGAACCGCCCUAUUACUGCUACCACCAACGUUCACAGAACAAGAACUCUACGGCACGAUAGCAAGCAUCAGCUACAUGGGCGACCCCCGCAUGGUCCUCCCCACCGAAGACCCCUCCAAAGUCGCCAACAUAGUGGGUAACAACCUCCCACAUUUCCGGCGUCUUUACUCCCCGUUAAUCGACAAUCUCCCCAACGUCAGCUUCAACGAUUCCAAAUGCUCCGACCCCGACUGGUCGUCCGACCCUUCGGCGAACGUCCGCCUAGCACAAGACAUGGACCCCAUCAAACGCGGGAACAUGGUCCGCCGCCUCCCCAAAGCAUUCCGCUCAAAGCUGUACUUCCAAUACCAGAAGAAAUACCAGAUUCCGCAACUGGAGUUCAAUAAGAUGUUGGAAGCGGCGAGUGACGAGGACGCGACGAGGAUUAACAGGCGAGAGGGUGGGGGUUUCGAGAGGAGGAUUGCGAAUGAGCCGCCCGAGGAUCUGAGGAUGGAGGUCCGGGGCGUGAUUAAGAGUACGAUUAGCUGGCCGAGCACGAGUCAGAGCCUUAAGAGCGUGCUGACUGCGGGGAUUGGGAGGAGCUGGCGGUAUAUGGGUGAGAAGAUCUCGAGGUAUAGGGAGGGGAAGAGGAAAGCUGCUCAGGCGGCUAAGGACGAAAAGGAGAAAAAGGAGUGAUGAUGAGACGAACGUGAGAGUUCGGUUCGGGCGCUGAACGUAAGUGGAGGAUUGAAUGUCCUAAAAUUAUGCGGGCAUUGAGACUCAGGGAGAUCCUGAUGAUCUGAGCCUUUCUUGUAUGUAUGUAAUGUGGGAAGGUAUUGGAGUACAUAGAUGAGCUUCGGCUCAAUUACAGUCUAGCAAAAGCUAGACCACAGCUUUCCUUUGUCGGGAUUGCAUAUGGAGGUUAACCCAACCUACCGUCACGAAUAAAAAGGAACUUUCUUCAACUUCACAAAUACGAUUUGAACAUCCAUG